AUGGUUUGUCUCAUAAUAUCGAUCAUUUUGAUAAUAAUUUGGUAUGUUGUUUGCAAGAAAUAUAGAAACCAAGUUCAAUGCGCUCCAAAUAUUCCUGAAUACGAUCAUGCUAUUAUUAUCGGAGGUAGUUUUGAAGGAAUGAUCACUGCUGUUUAUUUAUCAAAACAUUUCAAAAGAAUAACAAUUAUCGAAUCAGAUGAUGUAUUAAGUGAUACUUUCAACAAAUCUACACCAACUGAAAUAUUAGAUUAUCGUUGUCGCCUUGAAAGUCCAACAUCAAUAGGACGUUCAGGUGUUAGUCAAAUAUAUCAAAUACAUAUACUCGAAGGUGAAGGGUUUAAUAUAUUGCAUGAAUUAUUUCCUUAUUUAAAAGAUAAAUUAGUAAAUGAAUAUGAUAUUCGUCUAUAUUCAUUAAAAAAUGAAGCAAGAAUUGUUGUUAAUGGUAAUUUAUUAAAUCAAAAUUUGACUGAAGAUAUGGGAUGGUUGGGUAUUGAUCGUUUUACAUUAGAAAUAGCUUUGAGAAAAGAAUUGUGUUUGAAAUAUGGAAAUCAAGUUGAAUGGAUAUCUAAUGCCAGAGCAAUUCAACUAGUUGUUGAUCAAUCAGUCAAUGCUGUUCAAGGUGUAAAAUAUCGGUUAAAACAACAUGUUGAUUCACAAUUAUUAGAUAUCUAUGGUGAUUUUAUUGUUGAUUGUACUGGUCGCAAUACAUCAUCAAUAAAAUGGUUGAAAGAAUGUGAAAGAUUUAAAACCGGAAAUCCAUCAUUAGAUUCAAUAUCUAUACUUGGCUGCAACACUAAUUUACCAGAUAAUAAUACAGGAUGCUAUAUAACUCCAAUGCGUACAAUAAAAACAAAUGAUGAAAAUUCUUUAAGAAACUUAUCGACGAUUGCAGUUCAUUGUGUCAAUGCAGAAUAUCCACCAAAUGAUUCGUAUGAAAAUUUAUUAGAAUGGGCAAAAGAGCAUCUAGAUAGCGAAUGUAAUUCGAUAUUAAAAUCAACGAAAGUAUGUAGUCCAUUAGUCCCAUAUCGGCGGGCGAUCAAUGAUCGAAAAUAUGUCGAAUUAUUAGGCAAAAAAUGGCCUCACAAUUAUAUUUUAUUAGGUGAUGGAGUGUGUGCUUUUAAUCCUCAAUAUGCACAAGGCAUGACACAUGCAUUACGGCAUGCAAGAGAAUUGGGAAAAAUAUUUGACGAACAUUAUCAUAAAUUAGAAGAUAUCUCUUAUAUUUUCAAUCGACGUGCUUCAGUCAUUACUGAAGAAUUGUUGGCUUUCUUUGACAACAAAUGA